AAUUUCAGAGUUGCAACAGUGAAUUGACGUCUAUUUAAUUACAAGUCUAUGUUGCCAUAAUACAACCACUCGUCUAAGACUUUUACUAUUCUACUAGAACUAUUUACCAUAUAUUGUAAUAAAUACCAUUCGUAUCUCAUCUGUGUCCAUGAUACUACGGUCGAAUAAAAGAAUACCGAUGACUUGCCAAAAUGAUAUGUCCGCCUGACAUUCGAGAUAUAGAAUUGCAAGAAAGGUUACCGUAAAAUCAGAAGUUCUUAUUAUUAUGUUUUUUUUAAAUAAAUACUUUGGAAAAUUGUUGAAGUGAAGAAGAAUGUCGGCAAAAGUCGCGAAAUCGCCUACGUCACCUCCUGCCGCUAAGAAAGUGGACAGUCUGCAGGUUUCUUUACCGCAAAUGUUGGAUCUUGCAUUGGGAACUCCGGAAGUAAAAAGAAUUUAUCUUCGAUCUUUCACACAAAUAGAACACGAUAAUUCACGAAAUGAGGUACAAGAAAUACUUUAACGACAGGUACGUCGUUUUACGUUCGCGUCUAGGUUGGAGCGGUAAAUUUAAAUAUCCUCCACAACUUCCUUCAUAUUUUACUGCAUCGGAUAAAUUUAGGAUCGACCAAGGUUGAGUAUCGUGGCGAAGAUGCUAAUCGAAUCAAGGUAAAAUACUGUGUGUAUUGUGGUUUUGCUUAAUUUUUGGAAAAUAUAAUAAAGCUAUAAAUAGUGAAAUUUAACAAAAUGCAACGAAAGGUUAAAUAAUAUGUAUUUCUAGACGAUGGUAAGUUCCCUAAAAGCAGGUCCCUCGCUUUACCUUCAAGAGUACAAUAUUAUCGAUGAUUCCAGUGACGUGAAGCAACAAGUUCGUAGUACCGACGCUAUAAGUGUAAAAGUGGAUGUAGUCAGUGAUGUCAAAAGUGGAGCAUCCCAAGACGCGGUGGAUUUAAAAGAGACAACAGGUGUCAGAAAACAAGUUGGUCCUGGGAAAGAAGGCAAAUGCGAAACUGUUAUCUUUGUAGAACCGAUUGUUGAUGGUGCAACCCCUACAGCUUUAGGUUUCAAACGGCUCGAAAAAAAUGUUAACGAACUUCAACAACGGUUUCAAGCAUUGGAAGAGUUAGCAACGACUCCAGAGCUUAUCGAACGACUGAAAGGUAAAAUCACCGAUCCCCUGACCGACGUUUGGCAAAUUAUCAGCAUUACCAAAAGAUUGGACGCCACUGAACAAGGUAUUGAUAAGUUGACAAAAAUGGUGCAAGAUGUGAUGAAGGGUGACACAACACUCACCACGGAAGACACGUCGAAGCUCGAAGAAAGACUAGUGAAUUUAGAAAACGCUUUAAACAAUUUGGAUCACGUCGUUCAGAAUUUACAAUUAAUCUCUGACGAUGGAGAGGUUGAGGCGAUAAAAAAACCUGUAGUUGCUGAAACGACCGGGGAAGAAGAAGAAGAAGCUCAGCUUGUACAGGAAGAAAAACAACCCGUUAGACGAAUUACAUUAAGCGAAAUUCUAGGCGAAAUAGACAUAAGAAAAAUGCACCAGGACGUGGGUAACUUGCAAAUGGAAGUUAGCCAAAUGAAAAAUCAACUGAAAGAUUUGAACGAAAAGAUUGACAAAACAAAAACUGAACUGACCAAAGAGAUAGAAGCAAAACAACUGACUACGCAAAAGGAAGGAAAUCCGGUCGAAAGAACACAGAAAGAGGAAACAGAGGAAACGACGAAGGAAAUAACGACACCACGUAAAAACACACCUUCAGAACUACGCACUCAGGUUGAAAAUCCGAAGGGAAUGAUAGAUUCAGAAGAAUUGCAAGACAUGAGAAAACGCAUUUCAAAAUUAGAAAAGGACGUGAUUACCAUAUCUGAUAAAGUGGACAAAGUACAAAUGACUGGUGUCGCAGGCGCCACUAAUAUCGACAAUUUAGUCUCUAAGUAUAACGAGGUUCAAGCUGAAAUGGAGAAAUUGAAUCAAACCGCGGAUCGUCUGAUCGAUGAUCGUGAAACUCGCGAAAUGCAUCUUAAUGCGCUGUUAGAACAAGUGGAACUUUUGAAAACCAUUAAAGCCGAUAGAGAAGACCUCGAAGAAGCUCUUGCCGAUAAAGCUGAUGCUCAGGCGAUACAUAGAAAGGUUUCUUACGAUCAAUUCGAUGCAGCUUGUGAUGAUCUCGCACACGGUCUCGAAGACGCGAUCAAUAAAUUGGGACAGCAAGAAGAGAUCUGGCAACAAGCUCUGGAUGAAGUGCAAAAGGAGAUCGAGGGAAAAGUUGAUAAAAUGGAGAUUUCUCCGCUGAAGGAUUUCGUGAAUCAUCGACUGAAAUCUCUUCAAGAUAAGUUGAAGAGAGUGGCGGAAGCGAGACAAGAUAUCGAAGCUGCCGGAACCAAAAAAAUGCUUAGGGACGUUCAAUGCAUAUCUUGCGACAAGGAUGUGGUCAUGAGAAUGGAUCCUCCCCACAAAUUUAAAGUUGAAACAUUACCAUGCACCACAAGCAUGAAGCCGUACCUGACCUAUGAAUUGGAUCAGGUUAGAAAGCAACACAGAAGGUUACCUCAUAGUAGAAAUAUGAUUCAAUUUGAAGCAGCCAUGCAGGAGGAGGCAAAGAAGCAGAAGAGUGCAAGAGCGGAUACGCUUGUGAAGACUCCUAGAGAUCAUCUGUGCAAUCGAUACUGCGGUGGAAGCCACACGAUUACCACUCCUCAGCAAAGAGUAAUGCGAGUGGGCCAUUUCCUCACUGAGUGGGGACCGGAAAUAAUUCAGCUGACGGAAGGGAUGAUAAAGGGAACGGACGGUAAGAUGUAUAAAGGUCGGCGAAUGCCAGAUAAAAUCGACGUCUGCGGACCUACAUACUGCGACGAGCGUGGCGACGAACUUCGAUCAUCGGAUAGACAAUCGAUAACUACUAUACCAUCCUUGCGAAAGCCUGACAAGCAAACUUCCACUGUUUCAAGAAAACGAUCGUCGAGGAGACAAUCUCGAGAAAUAACUAAGGAAGUGAUAGAAGAGCUUGCAGAGACACCGAGAACAGAGACAGAAGAUCAAUCUGACAGAUCUGCCAGUGCACCGAUGGAUACAGUUGAACCUGCAAAUCAUGUUGUUCAAUACAUAGAAGAAGAAGAACUGGGAGAACAAGAUUAAAUGAGAUUCUAAUUAUUCACUGUAAAGUAUUCUAAAUAUUUUUAUGAAGUGCUUGUUCUAAGGUCUUAUAUCUGGUUCAGUGAAUAAUAUAAUACAAUAUAUUACAUACACAGAAAUAUUAUAAAAUUAAUCUAAAAUUCAUAAUAUUUAUUUGCAAUCUGUUAUUAUAUUUUUAUCUACAUUAUUGAGAAUAUAAGUUUAUUUUGAUAUCAUCUUACUAAAAUUACGUUACUGAGGAUACUUAAGAAUAACUGAGGAUCGACAGGACAAAGAAAGACGAGGAACGUUAUUUUAUUAAAUGUUUUAUUAUUAAGAGGGAAUUUCGGAGUACACAAGACUAUCUAGUGAAGUCGAUUUGGAACAUCGGUGGUCUGUCAUGCUAAAACAAAAAUACCGAAUCGCACCACGCAUCGCGGCGACCACACUAGAUCGCUGUUUCGUUUAUUGCACAUCACACCGUUCGAAUACCGUUUACAUUAAGAGUGUACACAGCGCUCGAAUCGUGUCUAUAUAAUAUCGGAUUUUGUUUCCUGUUUCCCUUUUCCAUUACUUCCGAUCUGACGUUCGAUUGCACCUUCUAUAAACGACUAUGCGCUAGUGUUUUCUGGUAAUAGUAAUAGAAUAUUUAUGUAUACGUAUAAUGAUGUAUACAUUGGAGCUAAAUGCUACUUCAUAUAAAUUUCAAGGUACAGGAAGUAUCUACAAGUUAGUAUCUACCACAUAAUUUUUACGACUGCCUUGUUCAUACGUCACAUUUUUUUUUGUUUUGUUCAUUUUGGUGAAUGGCGUUUUACUCUACGUUUCUCUAAUACCUAACAAUAAUAAGAUUACCAUGGA